AUAUAAUUUUGAAAUUGGCAUUAGGUAGUCAGUUCGUGAUAUAUUCUUGAAAAUCAUUUCUGUUGCCAACAGCAGCAGCAGCAGCAACAGCAACAGCGAGGUAGUAGCAGUAACAGGGACAGAAGAGAACAUUUGAACAGAGAAGAGUAGAGCAAAGUAGCAAGAAUGCAAGAAGCACGUGGAUAUGGGAGCGAUUUGAUUGGUCGAAGGAGAGCAAUCACGUGAAACGCACGAGGUUGCCGGGUGGAGCAUGCGCACUACCCACGCCGGUUCGAUAUCUCGCGGUGCGCACUCACUGUUAGAGGAAACUCCUCGCGAACUGUACGAUUGAAGGAGCGGUGCGUGGUGUUGUUGCUGCUCCUGCUGCUGCUGCUAGUGGUGUUGCUGGUGGUGGUGGUGGUGGUGGUGAUGGUGGUGGUGGUGGUAGUGCUAGUAGUGGAGGGAUGAAGCAUAGAAGUAGCGUGUCGAGAUAAAACUCGUUUCGAUUGUCAAAGCAGACGUUAAGCGAACGUGGAGAGGAUCGCAUUCCCGCGAAUAUUGCCGUUUUAUAUUUCGGUACUCGCGUUUAACAUAAAACACAAUCUAUCUCUCUCACGCACACACACACACUAAUAUAUCCAACCACAAAUUUUUAACAGAUAUCCGUUUCAAGAUUAACACCGUGGUACAAUUAUUUUGAAGGUACGAGUAUUACUCGUAAUGCUGAACCCGUUCCGAAUAAAAAAAACGUCGAGGUCGUAUAAGUCCUUCGUCGAUACGUGAAAUUCGUACGACUAUGAGAGGAAACGAUAGUAAUAAUAAUAAUAAUAAUAAUAAUAAUAAUAAUAAUAAAUAAAUAAAUAAAUAAAAAGAAGAAGAAGAAUAAAUGAUACGACCAUUGAUCUAAUUACUCUGUCAAAUCCCUCGUUAAAUUAUUUCAAAAUAUUAUUUUUAAUUCUCUCGCAGAAGGUACGAAAGAAGAAUAAAGAAAAAAAAAUACGACAAACGGCACAAUUCAUGUCUUUAUCGUGCGUAAAAUACGAAAACAACACAUAUCCUUCGAGAGAAAAAAAACAAUUGUCAAUUUUCUAAGAGAAUUAUUGUCGUUAUUUAUAUAUAAAAGAAAUUUUUAAUAAUUACCUCGACGUUGUUCGCUGGGUUCAAAACUCGACAAAAAUACGAGAAAGCGUGGGAAAAUAAGACUACGCGAGUUCGUGAGUGCGUCAAGAGGAAAAAGGAAAAAAAGAGAAAAAAAAAAUAUUGGAGUAGACACACGUUUUACUGCCAGGAGAAAAGAAGAAGAAGAUAUCAAUACGAUAUAAUUUUUGUAACCAACUAUCCACCCUCUUUGUCCCUUCAACGGCCCUUUGGCUGCACCGAUCUCACUUAACGUAAAGAAAUACAUCUAAAUGUGUUCCAUAGCGAUGCCAGCUGAACUGAUCCUGGGGCACAGUCCUCCGGUAUACAGUCCACUGUUAUACUCUCCUCUGGUGCGCACAGCACCGCCGAUUACCACAAGAUCGGUACCACCCAGAAUACGACCAUGCCUGUCCACUGGUUCGUUGCCUCUGAACAGUAUAAAAAACAACAAUAACAGCAAUAACAAGCAGAAAAAGAAAGUCGUAUUUGCCGAUGAUCGUGGCCGUCCACUCACUCAGGUACGGGUAAUGUCGGAGCCAAGUAACGUACCGCCAUUGUGGACAUCGGCAUACAUAGAAGGAGUAACAGGAGGAUUGUUAAGAGCAAAAAUCGACAACGAGGUAACGCAAGAUACGAUACCACCAUGGCAAGUUACGUUUCCUCAGCCAGCCAGCGAUUAUCUCGCAUUUCGUCGAAAACUCGAUCAGGAGAAUGUCAGUUUGGAGAACGUGAUUAUUCGAGAAUCCGAGCAAGCAUUGGUUGGUACAGUGAAAGUGCGAAAUCUUGCUUAUGACAAGGAGGUCAUAGUUAGAGCUAGCAACGACAACUGGAAUACCCACGAAGACAAUUAUUGCACCUACGUUGAGCAACCAGGUGCACCGGCGCUCAUCCUUUACGAUACCUUCCGUUUUCGACUUACUUUGCCAUUGAAAUCUGAUGUUAUCGAAUUCUGCGUCAGAUAUCGUACCGACGGAAGGGAAUUCUGGGACAACAACGAGGGCAAAAAUUAUGUUGUCCGGAAAAGACAGGAGCAAAGAGCGCCAGCCAAGCGAUACGAUCUCUCGGCAGCUAAUUGCGAUGGAUUAUUACCGAACAACCAUAUUCGCAACAUGAGCAACGGUGACAACAACGGAUUGAAUAUACCCCGUGUAUCCGAUGCAACGCGAGCCAACGUUCGCACGUGGAGUGAAUUUGCAUCGUGGCAUCAUUUGGCCAACGAUGCUCCUUAUUGGUGAAAACAAUAAACCCCUAAUUGUGGAUCCCUCGUCAACGAUGUACGAAAACGUACGAAUAACAUAAUCCAGUAUAAUAAUCUGGAGUUAAUAAGAAUCGAGAUGCGAAUCCGUUAGAACGGGGGGGCUGAAAUGGGGAGAAUGGGGUUGAACUGGAGUGGGGAAAUCAGGUGAGGUGAGAGGGUGGAGCGACUAAACUUUUAUUUUUUUUUUUUUUCCUUUCAAUGAUGUACAAAAACGAAGAGAGAAAGAGUGAGAGAGAGAGAGAGAGAAAGAGAGAGAGAGAUAAACAAGCAAACUAUAGGAAAUAAGAGAGAAAUAAUAUUGGCACGAUUUUUUUUUGUAUAAAACAAGAAAGGAACAUAUGGAAAAUGAUAAUUGAAGAGGAGACUGAUAUUCGUUCUUUUUGUUUUCUUCUAUUUUUCAUUUUCUUUUUUGUUUUUUUUGUUUUUUUCUUCCCUUCUACGAAUUUCGAGAAGCAACGACGAUAGCGAAGAUGUGGAUCAUAAUAAUAAUUGACAUCGGACGAGAUGAGUUAGUUGAAAAGAAAAUGGAUGAUAUAUGCGGCAUAUGUGAAGAAGAUAUUUGACAAAUAGUAAAAGAAUAACAGAGAGAAAGAGAGUGAUGUUAUAGACUUCGGGCUAUUGGGUAGCACGGAUCGGUGGAAACCAGUUAUUGGUGCUCGCAUAGCUCUUAUGAUAGCAAGUUGCAGCAGGAUUGGGAUUGCAUCAUUACAACUAGAGAUAAUGAAGAGUAAAAAAUUGUAUUCAAGCAAGUUCGGUUAAAUCGGUAUAUAUCGUAUCCGAUCGUCCGUCCGUUAAAUCCGUUUGUUAAUUAAAACAAGUUCCGCGUGUUAUUUUAAUUAAUUUUAAAUAACAAACUAAGUCUAGUUAUCGUCGAAGCGUACUUUCUUCUCGAUAUUAUCAUCAUCAUUAUCAUCGUGAUAGUCACCUUCCUAUUUCUUCCUCUAAUUAUUAUCUUUUUCUUGAUCGUUCCUAGAAAAAACCUACCU